AAGAAGAAACCCCGUCAGUUUAGUUCCUGGUUGCAUAAAGUCCCCAGUCUCCUGCUGCUCGUAUUGUUUUUCCUCUUUUCUUUAUUCCAGAUAGACGGUUUGUUUCCAGCAGGAUGUUCCGAGGUUUAGGGACGUGGCUGGGUCUGGAGAACCCGACAUACACCAAGACCUCGGAUGACAAGGAAGAGCUGAUAGUGGAGCAGGAAGAGAAGGUGGUGGAGGCUCAGAACGACGUAAACAAACAGCAGCCAGUUGAGCAGGACGAAGAUCAAGAGGUAAACCAGGAAAACUCGGAGCAGAACAAAGGACUCGGAGGGUACAUCUUCAGCUUCGCAUCCAGUGCCACCAAGAAGAUCUCAGAGUCUGUGGUAGAGACCGCUCAGACCAUCAAGAAGAGCGUGGAGGAGGGGAAAAUUGACGGCAUCAUAGACAAGACCUUUUUAGGAGACUUCCAAAAGGAGCAAGAGAAAUUUGUCCAAGAGAAGAAGGCAAAGAAAUCAGAAGCAGCAGUGCCUCCGUGGGUCGGCUACAAUGAGGAAGAGACGAUCCAGCAACAGAUCCUGGCGCUGUCGGCUGACAAGAGGAACUUCUUGCGGGACCCUCCGGUUGGUGUCCAGUUCCACUUCGACAUGGAGCACAUGUAUCCUCUGGCUGCAGUGAUGUUGGAGGAAGAUCAGCUCCUCAACCGGAUGCGCUUUGACCUGGUUCCUAAACAUGUGAAGGAGGAGGUGUUUUGGAGGAAUUAUUUCUACCGGGUGUCUCUGAUCAAGCAGUCAGCUCAGCUCACAGCGCUGGCAGCCCAGCAGCAGCAACAGGACAGCGGCGACAGUGUUUCACCUGAGGACGUCGUCUUAACAGACAAUGUCAGACCAAAAACUCCACCAGUUUCCAUCAGCGACUUACAGAAGCCAACUCAGGAAGAAGAGGAGGAGAUGUCAACAAGCCCCGGAGUGUCUGAGUUUGUGAGCGACGCUUUCGACUCGACGGCCAUCAACCAGGAGGACCUGAGGAAAGAGAUGGAGCAGCUGGUGCUUGAUAAGAAGGACAGCACCCCUUCUCCUGACGAUGAGUCUGCAGACUGGGAGAAGGAGCUGCAGCAAGAACUUCAGGAGUAUGAGGUGGUGACUGAGACAGACAACAAAGACGACCAGUGGGAUCAAGAAAUUGAGAAGAUGCUUCAGGCUGAUGACAGCUAGAAAAGUAGAAGAACACUUGGAGAGCGCAGACCUCCACCAAGGCUAAUAGUACACUCUCCUGUAAUAUCCGAUUUUGCACCAAAAUUUAAUGAGCUCUCUUUCUUUGCCCAUGCUCCACAUCUCCACCAAGUUUUAUGAAGAUCGCCUUGGUAGUUUCUGUGUAAUCCUGCUGACAGACAGAUGGUAAUGAAAACAUAACCUCCUUGGCAGAGGUAACUUCUGUGUGUUUGUAGCCUUCACAGGCAGUGAUCUGGUCUAGUAUGGAUGAAUAGUGACCAGUGAUGGAAAAAGGGUAUGAGCCUUGAAAUCCUCUGCCCUACACAACUGUGAUUUGUGACAUUCUCUUGUAACUGAUGAAGUGGUUUAGAUCCAAUAAUAGCACGAGUGUGCCGCCUCUGCUGGAGGCAGCAGUUACAGUAUGUUCAGGCUUUUUAGUGAAGUACUACUUCAUCGCUCCUUCCUAAAUGUGUCUUCUUGUUUUCCCCUACCCUCUGUCUUUUUGAUGAUUGGUAGAGGCUGCUCCAGUACAAGUGCUAUCAAUUUUAUAAAGAAUCGGGCCUGUGUGUUUUCACUUUUUAUCUUUGUUUCCACUGCUGCUUCCUGGUGGGUUGUACAGUCAAGUUCUACUAUAAUUGUAGUACAGUAAAGUUAAAUGUAAAGUUGCAUUUUUGUAAAUAAAGAGGGUUCUAACACUAUA